GUUUGAUUACCGGGGCAGCGAUGUGUCAAUGGCUGGCCUGGGUCGAGAGGCUUCUCAAGACUUGAGUAUGGUGGACGCUGGCCCGUCGACAGCUCCGCUCCAAGGAGGCAACAUGACUUUUUUCCACGAAAAUUAAGCAGUGAAUAUCCCCUAUACGGUUUGUUUUAAUGCGACCUGAUUCGGCUGGCGCAAUGAUGGGAGCUGUUUUUUUUUUUUUUUUUGCUCUUACAGUGAAAGAGAAGAAGUUGGAAUCAAGCAGGAUUCGAAUAAUGACGGAGUCAAGUUGUUUGAGCGGCUGGCUCGCCCGCUUUGACUUUUAUAUACAUGGCGCGCGGUUCAGGUUAUAGAUCGCGGCGUGGAUCUUGUGGGAAGCAUAUUUCAUGGCGUUGCUGCAUCAUUUUGGAACUUCGUGUAUAGCUGGAAGAAAUCGCAUCACAUAUGGGCAUGACGAUGGGGAUGUUUAUCAAUUUGAAAACGACAGGGUCGUGGAGCUUUAUUUCUUUUUUUUUUCUCUUUUUAUGCUGCAGAAGAUUGGUUUUUGAUAUUUUUCUUACAAGAUGCGCCAGCAUGGCCGGAAUUCUGGGCGUCUAUAGUAGCUCUAGCGAUAAUACCAGUGAAUAUAGGAUUAGGUAGAGGUAGGCUCGAUGCGACAAGUGAUGCGACAAGGAGGGAGAGGGCCAAUUAUAUCUUCAUAGCCUCUCUAGAUUAGAAUAAUCAUACCCAUCUAUCCAAUUUUGAACUGCACAUUAAAUGGCGUUUUGCCAAGAUGGAUUUCGUCAAGCUGGGCAGCAGACUUGCUCUACGCGUUCCGAAGCGCCAACCCGUUCGUUUCCAGUCCACCUCAUCUACAUCUUCAUCGUCAUCAGCCGCAGCAGAAGGCAGUGGCUCGCUUGGAGCCGGAAUCAUUGGCGGCGUGGCUGGAGCAGCGAUUUUCUACGGAAUUUACUCCUUCACACCUGCUGGUCGGACGGCUAGCAAGCUCAACAAGGCCGUGAAAGAGGCUGAGAAGAAGUACCAAGAAGCUGCGAAGAAGCUGCAGGCGAACGCUCCGAGCUCUUCAGAGGCCGUCGAUUACAUCAAGCAGUUUGCCUAUACCUACGUUGGAUGGAUUCCCGGCGGUCGUGGCUUCGUGGAUACGGCAUUCAAGGAUUGGGAGACUGUGAGAAAGGAACACGCUGAGGAGGCGGAUAAGAUUGUCAACGAUGCGUAUAAGAAGUUUCAGGACAUUUCCAAGUCGGGCCUGAGUCUCGAGACUGCGUCGCGUGCCUUUGACGCUCUUGCGGAUCUGGCAAAGCAGAUUGCUAAUCUUACGGGAGAUGCUCUCUCGGACGUGAUUGACAACCAUCCUCAGCUGAAGGAGAAGCUUGGAGGCAAUGUCGACCAGCUGAAGCAAAUGGGCGAGCAGUACGGCCCGGAGGCGAAGAAGCAAGUGGACGAGACUUGGGGCCAAGUCAAGGACAUUUUUGCCGGAGGAUUCAGCGCUGCAAGCGUGGCCAAGGCAAAGCAGCUCAUUGAGGAAAAGACGAAGCAGGUGCAGAAGCUCGGCGACGAAGCGUGGAAGAAGGGCUUGGAAGAAGCGAAACCGCUCCUAGACAAGAGCCCCAAGGUCAAGGAACUGGUGGAGAAGAAUGCCGACGUUUUGAAAAAGGGCCAGAUCAAGGAGGUCUUUGACAAGGUGCGCGAUGCGGUCAAGUCGGGAGACUUGGGCGAUUUGGAAAAGUACGUCAAGCAGGCCAAGGAGAAGAUUGGCGACAAGGCCGACGAGGCCGGAUGGGGAUCUUUGAACCAGUAUUUGGACAAGGUGCCCCAGGGUAGUGAGAUCUUGAGCAAGUUGGAGGAGAUGGGACGGAUUGCGCAGGAGCAUAAGGAGGAUGGGGAGAAGUUGCUGAAGGAGACAAUGGGCGAUAUUCAAAAAGUGUUGGAGGAGAAGAGCAAGAAGGCAAAGGAGAUUGUUGAUUCUGAGAAGAAGAAGAAGGAUUGAUUCAUGGUCGCCUCUUUUGCUCAAGUCCUAUAUCAUGAUGGGAUUUGACGAGUGUCGCUAUGAAGAAUCGACGCUUUAUACUCUUGGGGUUGAUGGAUUGUCUCGCAGAUGGUGAACAGAACCUGCGAUAUAUCUUGAGAUGAUAAACAUGAAGCUGUAUUCUACUAUCCAAUCCGAGUGGCUGUAAUCAGGAUGGAGUGCUUCACAAUGCAUAGGUUACAUGGUCAUUGUAAUAUUACUUUUUCACGAGCAAGGGGACUGACUCAUCUAUUAACUCGGGCCAAG